AUGGCACAAUUAAAAGCAGAUCUUUCAAAUUUGGAAGAAUGUCUUCCAAGUACACUUUCACAAGAACAAAGAGCAGUUGCUAAAACACAAUUCUAUAAAGAAUUAGCAGAGAAAGUACAUAAAUUUUAUAAAGGAAAGAUUCAAAUAAUGCCAAAAUGUACACUUGCAGGAUUUAAUUGGUUUAAUGCAUAUUAUACACCAGGAGUAUCAAGAAUUUCAACUAAUAUUAGAGAUAAUAAUGAUUCAUCAUUAUUUUAUUCAUUAAGAGGAAAUUUUGUAGGAGUAGUUUCAGAUUCUACAAGAGUUCUUGGAGAUGGAGAUGUUACACCACCAGGAGGACUUGGAGUUAUGGAAGGAAAAGCAUUAUUAAUGAAAUAUUUAGGAGGAAUUGAUGCAGUACCAAUUUGUAUUGAUUCAAAGAAUAAAGAAGGAAAGAAUGAUCCCGAUGCAGUAAUUGAAUUUGUUCAAAGAAUUCAACAUACAUUUGGAGCUAUUAAUUUAGAAGAUAUUUCACAACCAAAUUGUUAUAAAAUUCUUGAUGUUCUUAGAGAAACAUGUGAUAUUCCAGUAUGGCAUGAUGAUCAACAAGGAACAGCAUCAGUUACACUUGCAGGAUUAUUAAAUGCAUUAAAAUUAGUAAAGAAAGAUAUUCAUGAAUGUAGAAUGGUAUUUAUUGGAGCAGGAUCAUCAAAUACAACAUGUCUUAGACUUAUUGUUACAGCAGGAGCUGAUCCAAAGAAAAUUGUUAUGUUUGAUAGUAAAGGAUCACUUCAUAAAGAAAGAGAAGAUAUUAAAAAAGAUACAAGAUUUUAUAGAAAAUGGGAAAUUUGUGAAAGUACUAAUCCAACUAAAUUUGGUAGUAUUGCAGAAGCAUGUGUUGGAGCAGAUGUAUUAAUUUCACUUUCAACACCAGGACCAGGAGUAGUUAAAGCUGAAUGGAUUAAAUCUAUGGGAGAAAAACCAAUUGUAUUCUGUUGUGCUAAUCCAGUUCCAGAAAUUUAUCCAUAUGAAGCAAAAGAAGCAGGAGCAUAUAUUGUAGCAACAGGAAGAGGAGAUUUCCCUAAUCAAGUUAAUAAUUCAGUUGGAUUCCCAGGUAUUCUUAAAGGUGCAUUAAUUGUUAGAGCAAGAAAGAUUACAGAUAAUAUGGCAAUUGCAGCAUCAAGAGCACUUGCAGAAUUUGCAGAAAAAAGAGGUAUUAAUCCAGAUAAUAUUAUUGGUACUAUGGAUGAACCAGGUAUUUUCCCAAAAGAAGCAGCUGAUGUUGCUAUGCAAGCUAUUAAAGAUGGAGUUGCACGUGUUACUGAUCUUACUUGGCAACAAGUUUAUGAUAUUGCAGAACAUGAUAUUAAAGAAGCAAGAGAAUCAGCACAACUCUUACAAGAUUCAAAACAUAUUGUUGACUUCCCACAAGAAACUCUUAAUGAGUGUCUUGCUUAUGCUAUUAAUAAAGUCACAGGAAAAUGA